CUUCAGCCGCUCUCUUAUAAAUAUGCAGUUUUACUAGUUUUAGGGUUUAUUAUAAUUUUUUUAAAUAAAAAACAUUAUGUAUUUAAAUGUUAUAUUAUUUAUUAUAUGCUUCUCCAAAACAUCAUCAGAAAAAAAAGUAAAAAUACUUGGCUUAGAUGAAGGUGUUACAUGUAAAAAAGGGGAUGUAUUAGAUUCAGAUCACUCAUGUAAGCGUGUUGAAAACUGCGAGUCCCUAAAAAUAAUGACUGCAGAUAAAAUAUAUCCUAAUUUAUGUUCGUUGGAUGAACUACAUCCAUUAAUUUGCUGUCCACCAACUAUUCGAAAAAUACAAAUUGUAAAUAACUUUACGAAUAAAAGACCAAUCAUUGUUAACGAAAAGUGCCUUGAGUAUUCCAAGUUGAUGAAAAAGUUCAAAAAAGAAAAAACUAGUUUGACAGAGUUAACAGGGUUUACAACUGAGUCUAGAGUUAGAAAGAGAGACACUAACUCGUUCUCGGUCAACUGUGAAGCAGAUUUAAAAUCUUCAGUAAUGAAUAUUGUCGUAGAAAAAAACAAAAAUUUUACCAACAAAUUACAAUACACGGAAGUUAUUUCAUAUGAUAUUCCAUUGGCUAAACCAAAGGAAUACCCACACAUGGCGAUAAUUGGUUUCGGGGAGAAGCCAGAAGAUGGCAAGUGGGGUUGUGGAGGUUCGCUGAUAAGCGAAAGAUGGAUAUUAACAUCUGCGCAUUGCCAAAGAAUGAGCGCUCUAAAUACGGCACGUUGGGCACGAUUAGGCGAUUUAAACAUAAUCUCAACAACAGACGAUGCUCGACCGAAAGACUAUCGAAUAGUGCGGCAGGUCAUACAUCCGUGUUAUAAACCACCUUCGAUGUACGAUGACAUAGCUCUGUUCCAGUUAGAAAAAAAUGUCGAGUUCUCCGAGUACGUAAUGCCAAUCUGUCUUAAUUCAGAUUCAUUUUUAGAACCACAAAUGCAAGUAGCUACUAGUUGGGGAAAACCUUCCUUAGAUGCUAAUACAGUUAGCGAAAAUUUGUUAAAAGUAGAACUGAAUAUCAUCCCCGGGAGUGUUUGCAACGAUUCUUAUGCCUCAUUUUUAUCUGCCAGUAUGACGCUAAAAUACGGCAUAUUAAACGACAGAAUGAUUUGUGCUAGCCCAUUGGAAGGCACUACCGACGUUUGUGGGGGAGAUUCUGGCGGUCCGCUUCAAUAUAAACACGACGGUUCAAGCUUACAUACUCAAUACGGAAUAAUAUCAUUCGGGACAUUAUGUAGUGAAGAUACUCCGGUAGUGUACUGUAGAGUAUCAAAAUAUAUUUCAUGGAUCGAAAAUGUCGUCUGGCCUUAGAUCGAAGUUGAACAAAAUAAAAUAAAUAAUGAUUCGCGUAAUCGGGUAAUUAAAACGUAAAUAAUUAUUAUGUUUCAAAUAAAUCAUAACUAUUUUAGGUAGACGUGUUUCUGACAAUGUUUUUUAUAUUGGGUAUAUUAAUUAACAUGUUAAACCAUAUUUAUUAUAAAAUUUAUAAAGUAUGAGUCUAAAAUAAAGUUAUACUUCAAUGAU